AUGGCGCAGGCAGCGCCCGGGCUCCCCUUGCCUGCCGGACCUCCGCCACGUUCCGAAGCUGCGCUGCCAGCUGGGGCACUGCCUGAGCAUGCUGAGGUAUCGGCACUGCGCUGGCUCUCGCCGCCCGCCAGGAUUCGGCUAUCCCUCCCGGCCCCACCGCACAUCUGGGCUGUUGCAUUGGCGCCCAACGAGGAAGACCGACCCCCACAGACCGGCAACCCCACGUGUCUGAAGACCUCUUCAGCUUUUCUACCUGUGGAAGACUUCUCCAUGGACGGUCCGCAGCGGGGCACGCCCCCCGCCUCCCCCCCGCGCCACGCGGCUGUGGCAUCCGCGGCCCCUCCCCCCGCCCUCGUGAUCGCGGCGUCGGGUCCCUCCCCCGCCUCCGCCCCAGCGAGCCCGCCCAGCAAUGUAAUUGCGCCAUGUGCUGUGCGUCUGUGGCUGCCGCCAUCGCCGGCCUCCUGCAGAGUCACGCGACCACGCUUUUGCAAGCAGCGCAGGUUCCCCUCGCUGGCGCUGCCUGACAUCCCGCAUACAUCUGCUGUCUCUUCGCCGCCACUGCCUUUUGCCGAUUCCGGAUCUACCGUGCUGACCACGACAGCGUCCUUUGUGCCGCGGGACAGAGCGGUCCAGCCCACCAAGCCGCCCCGUGCCUCCCGCGCUGUGGCUCCCCCACCGUUGUCACCGCCCCCCUCCGACAUGCCCACUGCUGUGGUCCCGUGCCCCAGCCCAGCUUGCGAGCUGCCAGCGGCUGAGCUCCAUGGCACAGAUGCCGGCUGGCCCCCCGCGCCCUGUCCCCGCUCCGCGGCGAUCCCUAGCCAGCCCUCCCAUUCCUGCCACCGCUGCAGCUACACCGGGGACCACGGCCACCACCGGGAUCGCGACAGCAGCCCAGCCCUCUGCCCCUGCGCCCCCCAGUGCACUCCUGCCUGCGGCGCUGCUGCCGGCUCAGAGCGCCGCGGCGCCGCCACGGCCCGACCCACCCCCAUCGCGCAGUGGCGCUCCGGGACUUCACGCCGCGGCGCUACCACCCCCUGCGGGCGGCGACGCCCUGGCGUUCCCUUCUGGGGCCACAGACGCGGUCCCUGCUGCGCUCCCCGAGGCGGCCGCCAUGAUGCCUCACCACGCGGAUCCCGGGACGCGCCCCCCGCAUGCGCAGUCCCUGCGACCCUCGGAAGUCCUGCCUCACACCGCGACACCGCCGCCCCCCCACGCCGCCUCCGCCACGCCUUUGAUCCAGCCUCCCGGUUCCCACACGCUCCAUGCUGCAGUCUACCCCCAGCCGACAUCACUGUGCCCUCCCACGCCAGCACCACCGCUCCCAAUUCCAGCCGCAGGACACCAGCCCGCGUCGCCACAACUUCCGGGAUCACCGCAUCUACAAGUGUCUCUGCCCACACCACCACCCCAGCCGGAGUCUGCUACAGCCUCAUCACAAUUAGCCCCCACUGCAGCGCGCCUCGCACAGCCUCUGGAAACCCCAACGCUACAGCCACCAGCACUUCCUGCGCAGCCGCAGCCUCCAGCCACCCUUCACCUGCCUCCAUCGCCACCGAGUACCGUGCCUCCUCCCCCCGCAUCCCUGCCGCUGCCACCGCAUCCUGCACCUGA